AUAAAGACAGAAAAGAGUUUGAAUUAUUAUUGAAUUCUACUGGAUUAUCCGCAGAAUACUUGUUGUGUAUGUUUCAAACACAAUACUGCGAAAGAUUCGAAUAAAAUGGCUGGUAUAUUCAAUUUAUUCGGCGAAAAUGUUUCGAAUCUCAACAAAGGUUCUGUUGCAAAACCAAUAUCAAGGUCAAAAACAUCUCUUGGGAUUGCUGGAACUUCAAUGAAAUCAAUAAACCAACCAAAACCGAAAGGAUUGUCAUUCAGAUCUAAAUCUGAUUUAAAUGUGCCUUCUUUACCGCAUGCAAAUCAAGAUACAUAUAAAAGACAGCAAGAAUGUUUAAAGCCAAAAUUAACACAAGUUGACACUAAUGGCCAUCCAAUAUCGCCACAUAAAGAAUUUACUCUAAAGAAACAAAGUGCUCAGCCUAAUAAAAUGAAUGAUUUAUCUCCAAUGAAAAUAUUGGGUAAGACAAGUAUAAAAUUACAAAAACCAGCUGAUGAACUUAUCUUUAAGAAGCCGUUGCCACCAAAGACAUUGAUUAAAAACUCUUAUCCUGAACCAGAAACCUUGGCUCCUUACUGUGAUAUGCAGUUGGAAUUUGACGAUUAUUAUGCAAAAACUAUAGAAAAUGAGUUUAGAGAAUUAUUAACAAAGAUAGAAAACAAUGUGCAGCCGUACGAGGAUGAAGGAUUUGAGUCAGAUUCAGAACCACUUGAAUUAACAUUACCAAAGUUAUGUAUAUCACCAGAGUCAGAUGUUGAAGAGUGGAAAGACUGCCUAAUGCUUGACUUACCAGAAAUAUCAGAUGAUGUCUUUUAAUCUUCUACAUUGAUACUUACCUCUUUUUAAUAUUUAAUUCCAUAUAGAGUAUGAAUUAA